UCCCUCUAUGGAGCCAGCCUGGUCCGGCCAGGCCGGGCUUGCGGCGGGGGCGGGGUGGCCAGGCGGCCGAGGGUGGGCGGGAAAGAGGAACACCACUCGGUGGAAAUGGCCCUGCGGUCGGCCCGGGCGCCCCGAGGCGGCAUUUAGAGAGCCGUCCCCAACCUGCAGGAGGGUUAACCCUCCCGGGCCUGAGCCAGGCCGGGCCGGACGGAGCUCCCGCGCAGCUGCCCGUCGUGGGGAGGUGUAGAAAGGGGGUUCGGGACGGGUCACCUGUCCCCUCACCGGAAGCAGGGGAAGCCUUCCGCCACCGAGAGCCCAGCUGUCAGCUGCCUCAGAGGAAGAUGGGCGGCCCUGGCGCAGGUGUGCACGUGGCCGCGGCCCUGGGAGUGCUGUGGUUCUUCUUCACAGGCGCAGUAGAGGUCCAGGUCCCUGAAGACCCUGUGGUGGCCCUGCUGGGCACCGAUGCUACCCUGCGAUGCUCCUUCUCAUCGGAGCCCGGCUUCAGCCUGGAGCAGCUCAACCUCAUCUGGCAGCUGACAGACACCAAGCAGCUGGUGCACAGCUUCACCCAGGGCCAGGACCAGGGCAGCGCCUAUGCCAACCGCACCGCACUCUUCCCUGACCUACUGGCUCAGGGCAACGCGUCCCUGAGGCUCCAGGGUGUUCGAGUGGCUGAUGAGGGCAGCUUUACCUGCUUCGUGAGCAUCCGUGACUUUGGCAGCGCUGCAGUCAGCCUGAAGGUGGCAGCCCCCUACUCAAAGCCCAGCAUGACCCUGGAGCCCAACAAGGACCUGCAGCCUGGGGAUAUAGUGACCAUCACAUGCUCCAGCUACCAGGGCUACCCUGAGGCUGAGGUGUUCUGGCAGGACGGGCAGGGUGUGCCUUUGACGGGCAAUGUGACCACAUCGCAGAUGGCCAAUGAACAGGGUUUGUUUGACGUGCGCAGUGUUCUGAGAGUGGUGCUGGGUGCUAAUGGCACCUACAACUGCCUGGUGCGCAACCCCGUACUGCAGCAGGACACUCACGGCUCCGUCACCAUCACAGGACAGCCCAUGACAUUCCCCCCUGAGGCCCUGUGGGUGACCGUGGGACUCUCUGUCUGUCUUGUUGCACUGCUGGUGGCCCUGGCCUUCGUGUGCUGGAGAAAGAUCAAACAGAGCUGUGAAGAGGAGAAUGCAGGAGCUGAGGACCAGGAUGGGGAUGGAGAAGGAUCUAAGACUGUCCUGAGGCCUCUAAAGCACUCUGAAAACAAAGAAGGUGAUGGACCAGAAAUAGCCUGACCACAAGGAUCAGGGAGCUGCUGCCCUUGCCUUGGGCUCACCUCUCUGCCUGCACUGGGGCCUCUGUGUGAGCCCUGGGCUGGGGCUUCCCUGCCCCCAACAGAUGGCUCCCAUCCUGGCGAAUCUACUCACUCUGCAAAGGAUGCGAUACAAGACCACUUGUAGCCUCAUUUCUCCAAUGGACAUGACUCCCAAGUCAUCCUGCUGCCUUAUUUCUUAUGAACACAGACCCGCCACCUGGUUUCUCCAGUGGAUAUGCUACAUGGACCACCUGGCUGCGUUUUUUCUCUAGAGCGCACAACAUUCAGACUGACCUUCUGACUUGUUUCUCCAAAGAUACAUAGUCACUCCUCGCCUUGUUUUUCCAGUGGCCCUGAUACACUAGCUCUCACUUCUCAGACGUCCUCCCACCUGCCUGUAAUCCUAUCCUCAGAUGGGGCCCUGUAGCCAGUAUUGCCUCGAGUCUAGCGGUGUCUCCUCUUGCUUUCUCCCACGCUGGCCCCGAGGCUGGCCUUUCCCUCCUCCACUAAGUGAGCACAGGUCCCCUCCCAGGCAUGCAGAGGCACAGGUGCACGUGCUGGGACACGUACAGGCUUUCUCUGGGGCCGGUCUCUUCCACGGUGCCCUGGUCUGUGCCCUGUGAGCCCCCCUCUGCCCACCGUCCCCGCGGGAAGCGUGUGCUGGUCACACUGGGUCCUGGGGAUCAGCUUCUGUUCCCUGCUUUUCUGCCUCUUGCUUAUUCAUUCAAGUAAUGUUCACUGAGCACCAUGGGGCUGGUACUGCGUUAGGUGUGGGGAACCCUCCCUGAGAAGACCAGCUGCUUCCUCAAGGACUUGCCCUUGAGCCGCCACCCUGUGAGGAAAUAGCAGUUCAUGAGGGGCUCCUGCUGUGCUCUCUGCUGUGCCCCCAGCUACCGAGGUGCCUCACCCCCAUCCCAUCCCUGGUUCUUUCUCAGAGUGUCAGGGGGUGGGUAAAAACCUGGAGAGAGGCAUGGAACCUCUCACUCCAACUGGUGAGAAGCUGAUGGUUCCCAAAGUGUCUUUUCAGGGUGAGCAGGUUUGGGGCUCGAUCCCCAGUGAGGGGCGUGCAGGAGACAGUGGAUCAAUGUCUCUGGGCAGUCAGGCAAGACCAAACAGACCCCAAGAGCCCAGGAAGGAGGACGCCCGGGGCCUCGGCCAGGGGUACAGCCCCUCCGCCCUUCCCCCCACCAUGGUGCUAUUCUGGGGCUGGGCAGACAUUUCCUGGCCUCUCUGUGGCCAGCCCCCAGCCUCUGGUAGAAUGAACUUCUGAUGUUCUCCCACUGCCAUAGCUCCGUUCGCCAGCAGUGGAAGACGUGGCGAUUUCUAAUUUAAGUGUGGGACUCUCAGGAAUUUCAUUAACUGCGGGGGGGUACUUGGAGGAAAAUAAAUGCCUUUGUAGAAAGCUUUUUCUCUGUGAAGUGCAUGGAAUAGGGCCGGGUCAGGACUCAGCAGGAAGGAUUCCUUCCUGGACAUCACAGCUGGGCCUCCUUUCACCAUCCUUACAGCACUCGGUCUUGGGAGCCAUGUCACCCCUCCCUGGCCCCAGUUUCCCUCUUGGUGAAGUGAAGUUGGCUGUGUAGAAAGUCAGGCCCUUUGGUUACUCUGUGGGGCUCCACUCAUUCCAAAACACCCCCUAAAGCAGACUCUGACCCCAGGUUUGUUUAGGGCUUCUGCUAAUACCCCAUUUUGCAGAUGGGGAAGCUGAGACCUAGUGAGAAGCUGGUACCGGGAAAGGAGUUCUGCGUGCUAUUCUUUUUAAUAAAAUUUUAUUAUUAUUAUUGGUUUUGGGAGAGAAAGGAAGGGAGAGGGAGAGAUAGAAACAUCCAUGAGAGAGAGACAUUGAUCGACUGUCUCCUGCACACCCCUCACUGGGGAUCGAGCCCCAAACCUGCCCUAACAAGGGAAUGGAACCAGUGACCUCUUUGUUCAUGGGUCGACACUCAACCACUGAGCAACAUGACUCAGUGGGCCUGAGACCCGGAGCAAGGUGUUAGCUUCCUUGGGCCUUCUUUUCUUCUAUGAAAAGUAGGCCUGAGGUUUUCACCUCCUUCCACCUCCAAAGACUGAGAAGGAGGGGUGAGCAGGGCAGGCAGACGCGUCCGGAGAACCACGUCCGGGCUGCAGGAGCUUGCCGAAUGCACGGCGCUCCUUCCCCCUGCAGCACUGAAUCUCAGCACCAGCCCGCUGGUCCCAGAACUCCACAGGCCUUGGGGCGGCAGCAGGAGCCAGGGCUGAGGGUCAGGACACUUGAAUUUGGUUCCUGGCUCUGCUACUAACCUGUGACCAAGUCCUUCAUACUUCUGAACCUUAAUUUUCUUAUCUAUUUAGUAGGGGGGAUGAGUCCUGUUCUGAAAAGGAUGUGACAUUCUUGCUAACUGGAGCACUUGUUAUAAAGUAGGUGGUCCUGGGAGUGAUAGGGUCACGUUGCUUGAAGUCCCACCACUGGUUUAGAACCAAAAGGUCCCUGAGAGUCUCUGCCUUUGCUUCCCCCAUCUACCACCUUGGGUUUGCUCAUAUUACUGGGCUUCAACCCCAUCUAUAAGGUGGGAUGACAGUAGUUCAUUUCAUAGGAUUGUUGUGAGGGCUGGCCAGGCGGUGGGUAAGGAGACACUGCAAACUAUAAAGUACUGGACACAUAGGAGGGCUUAUCUUUCCUCUCCUGAAGUCAAGGGUGCACACUCUUGCUCCCUCGGUGAUUUUGUGGCCCAGAACAAACUGACUGGAUCAGUUUGUCCAUCUGUGAAACAGGUAUGAUUACCAGUGCGUUUUCUUCCUAACCGGGCGGUUAGGCUUAGAGAUGACACUGUAUCAAGUGCUUCUAGGAGCGACCUAGCAGGUCACAGACUUGCCUGGGGGGGAGGGGCUGAGGAAGGUGGCCACUCAGUUCCCUGUGACAAGUACCCAGAGAGCAGUAUUUUUAGCUGCCCUUUCUGGGCAAAGCUCCAACUCUUGCAUUUUAAUGGAGAAAUAGUUCUCACAGUGCGUCAAGCUGUAGCCUGCAGGUGUCACAUCCAUAUCAAAAAGGGGACAGAGCAAGGGUUCAUUUGCCUGGCUUGAGUGUGACUGGAAUUCAACUCCAGGACCAUUUGUAACCAAGGCUGUGAAGACCAAUUAGUAUAUCUGACCACUCCGGGGGACGAGACUGGUGGAAGUGAAAUCAGCAUGGCCAGGGGCCUUGAGUCACCCUGUCUUUCUCUAUCUGCCUCUUUCCUCCAGAAUGCUCUGCUUCUGUUCACAGGCAUGAAUAGUGCCUUCCAAGGGGUCUGUUCAGGGGUAGGCCUGUGACCUUGCUCAUCCCAGGAGGCAGUUGUUGAGUAGGAUGCUGAUCCUUGUGGGCCAAUGAGCAGAGACCAUGGCUGAUCUGAGUGGGGCAAUGUCAACAUAUCCUGUUGCAAAGCCCAAGUAUUAAACUGAGAUGUGGAGCCAAAGUUUGCCCCAAGUAGCCAAACCCCAAGCCUCCAAGGGCAGGGAACCCACAGAGAAGCUGGAGGCUGACAUAAGUGAGGAGGCAGAAUGGAUGGGGGUGGGAGCAGCAGAUCCACAAGCAAAAGAGAAAUGUAUAAAGUGCUCGCCUUCCCUUCAGUCCCCUACUCAGAGGGAAGCACUUUCAAGGGUUUGCUGUCCUUCCAGACUUUUCCCCAGGUUACACAGUUACAAAAAUGAAGUCAGACAUAUUCUGCAACUUUUUGUUGUUUUUUUUCUUUACCCAAGUCAGUUCUUCUGUUUCUUUACUUUUUAAGUGAGGUGUAACAUAUAUCUAGUGUUUAAAAGACAUUAGUCCUCAGUGUAUAGCUCCAUGAAUUUUCACACAAGUAUCUCUAACCAUGCAACCAUCAUCCAGGUCAAGAUAUAAAACACUUUUAAAAUCCAGAAACUUCCCCAGAGCCCCUUUGUUAUGCAAAGAGCCAAGGUCUGAGAAAACCUGGGGGUAUUACUUGUGGAUUUCAAAGAAAUAGCGCGGAGGCCUAGCUGUGAAAGACACAGGUUUACUACUGCGCACUGGUGGCGGCUGUGCAGUGCAGUCUGCAGCACAGGGUUCGCAGCGAGUGUAGGACACCAGGCAAACGCACAGGGGCCCGGGCUCGCACACGGCUGUGGGAUGUCGAACGCCAGCUGAUUCUCUACAGUUGUUCACAGCCCAGGCUCUCAUCUAGAAGCAGUUUCUCUUUGGCAGUUUCUUGACUGAGGAGCUGGCCAGGCUCCCAAGGUCAGUCCUAGUCUGCUUACUGAUGGCCUUCAUCAUAUUCCCACAGGGUGGGAGGGGAGUUGGAGCUUGGGAAGGGGUGGGCCCAUGUUCUACAUACCACACAUGCUUCCCAGUCAGUGGCCCCGCCAGAGAUAUUAUUCUGGCUGCUUUUACCAUAGAGUCGUUGUGCUUGUUCUUUAACUUCAUAUAAGUGGAAUCCUAUAGUUUCCUCUUUCAGAGUACUCUGCUUCUGGCUAGAGCCCCUGGUUAGCAAUGAUCUCAACCAUCGGCACCAGGUAUCUCUAUUCUUAAAAACCUAAGUGAUUCUAAUGUGCAGCCAGGGUUAAAAAACCACUGGAUUAAUGGGAUCCAGAGCUGUAUCUAGAAUAGUAUAUUCUAUUUGUGUCUAGCUUCUUGCAAAGAAUUCCUCAUUCUAUUUAAAUUGUUACAUAAUAUCUCAUAGUACUACUGUUCUGGAAUAUAUUUUGCCAGUUCCUAUAUCUAGUUUGGAUAUAAACAAUGUGGACUUGUGCUAGAGUUUCUAUAGUAUGGAGCCCAAUAAGGGGAAACUUGGGGUCACAGGCCUGUGCAUUUUAAAUGUUGGUAGAGUUACCAAUUGUUUGGGCUGCCUUUAUAGCCAGUCCCUGUGGCAGCAAGAACCUGCAAGCAAAGAACAUUUAGGCCACCAGCAAAACCGAUUCUAGGCAGGGCAGGAAGGCUGCUGGGAAUCCCACCCUAGCUGGUCAGGGACCUGCGGGUGGAGCCUAACUUAGCAGUGGGUGGGCCUGUGAUCCUCUCUUCCUCUCCCACCCACUCCGGACUGCUUCCCCUUCAGCAUCUGCCUGUGGCAGUGGCUGCCUCAGUGCCCUGGAAGCUAUCUUCACGUUUCUGGGACCCCAGUCCUGGAGGUGAGUGUGUCUGCCUCCUGCUGGAUGAAGUGGUCUGAGCGUGUGCUGGGGCUGGGCUGAGCCCUGAAUCCUUCACUUGGAACACCUGACCAUAAUGGAUGGAGGCAGUUCAUCAGCACCUCACUCGGUAUAGGUGCCUCAGGGCAAGUUAAAUCGGCUCCUGUGUCUGAGGAUGUUCAUAACCUGCCAUUUGGUUCCACCAACUCCAGGUAAUUAUGAUGACACUAUUUCACCACUAAUGAGGUGGUGCUUGUUAGAGCACAGGAAACCCUGGGUAUCAGGGGACAAACAGAGUGCCCGUGGCUUUUGUCCUCAGCCUUUCCUCAGCAUCUGAGCAACAAAAUAGCCCCCUCGCCUCAACUUCCUCAGCUGAUUUGAUUUCUCCACCCCCACUGCCAUCCUCUGGACGUGUUUGUUUCAUCAUUGUCUUUUUAGAGUGAGGCCCUGGCAUGGAUUGUAAUAUUUCAGGUCAUAAUAGAGCAGUCUCUCACCUCCUUGAUCCUGAGUGUUAUGCUCCUAGUGAUAUUGCUCUGGAUCCCAUUAAUCCAGUGGUUUUUAACCCUGGCUGCACAUUAGAAUCACUUAGGAGGCUUUUAAGAAUAGAGGUACCUGGGCUCCCUCCCUAGAAGUUCUGGUGUAGUUGCUGAGAUAAUUUAGUGUAAUUUGCUGCUAACAAAUGAUUGCACUGCUUCUUGUUCCUCUAGCUUUCAUAAUUGCUUUGAAGUCUAUGUGCUCAUGAUGGCAGCUUGAGCAAAUAUUCCGGGAACCCACAGCUGGCCAGGUUGCAGAGGGAGCUCAGCCUCCUUGUGUGACCAUGCCAAGGGCCUUGGUGACCCAAGAGGCCUGGCUGGGUGCUGAUUGCCUGGUGUCUCUCUCCAUGCUGUCCCGAGUGUCCCCUGCCUGCUGCAGCAAGGAAGAUCUGGGUCAGCCCCAAAAGAGAAUGUGCUAGCAGCCAGGGAUUCUGGACCCCAGGUGUUUGUGGAACAGGCUCCGAACCACUGGGAGAGGGGUCAUUCUGCUCUGUUGGGAGGAUGGAUGAUGAGGGAGAAGGGGACAGAGGUGACCUGUGGAGGGCAGACAUUGCAUGGAUCAUAUUCAAUCUUGGUCAUAAGCUUUUGCUCAAGCCCUUCCCUUCAUGAAUCUGUCCUCUGUCUCCUCUGCCCAGGCAAAUCCUACACAUGUCCUCCCAUGUAUCACUCUGGUCUCUGGCUGCACCUGGUGUUUUACAGCCAUGACAGGGCACUGGCUCCUUCACCGCUCUCUGGGAGUGUAUCUCCUCUGCAGGCAGGUCUGCAUGUGUCCCCUGCCGCACAGUGCAAGCAGGGAAGCACCCAAACCACAUUCACCCACCUCUGAAUGGAAAGGACCAGGCCGAAGAUCACUUCUGCACUGCCCUCUGAAAACAGGGCUUCCCAGCAAGCGACUAAUGGAAAUGAGGCCACCAAAGGUUCUUAACCUAUUUAAAGCAAUAAACUAUUUUGAAAAUCU